AUGGACCAACUAUCAGAAUUAUAUGAAAACACCUCUUUAAAACCACUAGAUUCUUUACUUGCCCAAUUUAGGGUCGAGUUUGACCCCGAAAAUAACCCAAUGGAUGGUAAAUGUAUCUCGCAAUGCUCCAAAUUACUAGCUGACUUUCAAGCAAUUAACAACUUGAUACUUGAUCUAAGAGUUUACACUAGGAAUUUACAAAAUAAUGCUGCCAUCGUGAAACUUCAAAAUAAGCUUGUCUUUUUAAUGCACUACAUAGCACUCCAGAGAGUCUGUGUUUCCGAUUUUGGAGACGUUAUUGAAUCAAUAAAUAGCCAUGCCAGCGAUCGUGUUAUCUGGUCUAAUGUCAUUGAAGUUGCGGAUCUAUGUUAUGAAGACGAGGUCAGGAGUAGACAGGGGUAUUGCUGA